AUGUCUUCAAAUCAUAUAGCUGCUGUUGACCCGGUAACUAUUGUGAUUAAAGAAUGCAUCAAUCUAUCUACAGCUAUACGAAAAUAUACUAAAUAUUCAUCACAAUCUGGAGUAGCUGCUUUAUUAAGUGGUGGUAGCGAGGUUUUCAGCAAUCAAGAUGAUUCUUUAGCUAGUACCUUCAAUAAUUUGUCAAUGAACAAGAACAAUGAUCCAUUUCUAUCAGGGUUUAUACAACUUCGUCUGAUGCUGAACAAGCUUGAUAGUCUUCAUGAUAUAGAUUCAUUAACACUGCUACAGCCAUUUUUACUAAUUAUCAGCACAAGUUCUAUCUCGGGUUACAUUACUUCUCUUGCCUUAGACUCAUUGCAAAGGUUUUUCACACUCAAUAUCUUCAAUGAUGAAUCUAAAAACUACGUGGCCGCAUACAGAGAGGCUGUAAAUUCAUUAACGCAUUGUAGGUUUGAGGGAUCCCAACAAACUUCCGAUGAUUCUGUUCUUCUAAAAGUUGUCAUGUUAUUAAAUUCUAUAAUCAACUCUCCUAAUGGAUCAUGCAUCUCUGAUUCUAUUAUGUAUGAUGUUGUUCAGACUAUCAUGUCCCUAGCAUGUAAUAAAAGAAGAACGGAAGUAUUGAGGAAAGCAGCAGAAGCUACUAUGAUGUCUAUUACGACGAAGAUAUUUGCAAGACUAGAGGAUAUUGAAUUUGAAAGUGCCACCCAAAAGUAUAUCAACGAUGAAAGUUAUUCCAAGAAUAACUUGAUGGACGAUACAAUCGGUACUACCGAAAAUGAUAUUGCAUCUACAAAAUCUAUUGCUUCCGAAACAUCAACCACAGAAGAAACUGUUAAUGUUAACAAAGUAGAAGGUAGUGUUCAAAAUGUUGAGGAGAUAAAAAUUGAAGAAUUCGAGGUAAAGGACCCAAAGGUACUCGACAGAUUGGACCCUGAUUAUGGCCUACCUGUUGUUAAACAGUAUUUAAAUCUUUUAUUAUCCUUGAUUGUUCCUGAAAACCAAGCAAAACAUACUAAUUCUACCAGAAUAUUUGGUUUGCAACUUAUAAAUACGGCGGUUGAAAUAUCUGGUGACAAAUUUCCAAAAAACCCACGUCUAUUCAGUUUGAUUUCCGAUCCAAUUUUUAAAUGUGUCUUAUUUAUCAUCCAAAACACUAAUAAAUUAUCUCUUUUACAACCUGCAUUGCAAUUGUUUACAAGUUUGGUUAUUAUUUUGGGUGAUCAUUUACCAAUGCAAAUCGAGUUAACGUUAACUCGUAUUUUUACAAUGUUACUUGGAAACCAGGCUAAAGAUACUUCUAAAAGCGGUGAAGAUUUAGAAAGAAAUAUUCCAGCCGCAGUGAAAGAGUUACUUAUUGAACAAAUCUCGAUCUUAUGGACAAGAUCCCCAUCAUUUUUCACUUCUACGUUCAUUAAAUUUGACUGUAACUUAGAUAGAGCAGAUGUAUCUUUGAACUUUUUAAGAGCACUUUCUAAAUUAUCUUUACCAGAAACUGCAAUUUCUACAACAGAAAGUGUACCACCGAUUUGUCUUGAAGGGUUGGUAUCUCUUAUCGAUGAUAUGCACGAUCACAUGCAAUCUGUUAGUAAGCAAGAUUAUUUGAACAAAAUUGUUACAGCAAAUGAUAUUUUGAAACAAAGAGAACGUAAAACAGAAUUUAUAAAAUGUUCAAAAGCAUUUAAUGAGAAAGCUAAAGUUGGUAUUCCAUUAUUGAUUGAAAAAGAAUUUAUCAAGUCGGAUUCUGAUAGCGAUAUUGCUUCAUUUUUGUUUGAAAAUAACAGUCUAAUUAAUAAGAAGACAAUCGGUCUAUUGUUAUGUGAUCCAAAGAAGACAUCGCUAUUACAAGCAUUUAUUGAUUUGUUCGAUUUUAAAGAUUUACGUGUAGAUGAAGCUAUAAGAAUUUUGUUAACAAAAUUCAGACUACCAGGUGAAUCUCAACAGAUUGAAAGAAUUGUUGAAGCAUUUUCUAAAAGAUAUGUUACAAGUCAGAAUUAUGAUCCUUCAAAACUAAUCGAGGUUUCUGAUAAGAAGAAGAAUAACGAUGAUAACGGAGAACAAACUGAACAAGAAAAGGAGGAAGAUGAAAUUGAAGACCUUGCCUCCGUACAACCGGAUGCAGAUUCUGUGUUUGUUUUAAGUUAUUCCAUUAUCAUGCUAAAUACUGAUUUGCAUAACCCACAAGUUAAAGAGCAUAUGUCCUUUGCUGAUUAUUCUGGUAAUUUGAAAGGAUGUUGUAAUGAAAAGGACUUCCCUAAGUGGUAUUUAGAUAGAAUAUACAUAUCUAUUAGAGACAAGGAAAUCGUUAUGCCAGAGGAACAUCAUGGUAAUGAAAAAUGGUUCGAAGAUGCAUGGAAUAAUUUGAUUUCAGCAACAGCAGUCAUGACUGAAGGCCAAAUUAUCAACAAAAAUCCAAUUGAGGACUUGGAUAAUAUUGAACUAUUGCGUUUCGAUAGAGCAAUCUUCAAACAUGUAGGUGCUAAUAUUGUUAAUACAUUUUUCAAAAUUUAUUUAGUGGCUUCUGACGACCAUAUCACCAGUCGUAUGUUAACAAGUUUAGAUAAAUGUGCGUAUAUUGCUUCCUUUUUCAACUUCAAAAAACUUUACAAUGAUAUUCUAAAUUCUAUUGCUAAGAUAACUUCGCUAGUUGGUAAUACGGUAUCGGGUCCAAAUUCAAAGGACAGUGAUACUGAGGAUAAAUCAAAUGAUGAUAAAUCUAAUGAUGACAUUAAAUAUGAGACUAAUGAUUCUAGUAAUAUUGAAAACUCUUACUUGGAUGUUGACAGUAUUCCCGUAGUUGAAAUUAUAGAUCAAGAGACUGGUAAGAAGAUUCCUGUCAGCAACCAUGCAGUCAAGUUAGGUAGAUCGUUUAAGGCCCAAUUGUGUACAAUUAUUUUUUUUAGAAUCGUCUCUCAAACAAAAGAUUCAGAAAUAUUAUCACUUGAAUUGUGGGAUAAUAUUAUUAAGAUUUUAUUGAAUUUAUUUGAAAACUUGUUGAUCACGCCUGAUAUUUUCCCAGAUCUACAACAACAGUUAGUCAUUGGCAAUCUACCAAAACCGUUAUCCGAAAUUUCGAUUACAAAGCACCAUGAAAAUAGAGGUUUAUUCUCAACUUUUGCUUCAUAUUUGAAAGGUGAUGAGGAACCUACUGACGAUGAAAUAAAUGCAUCAAUAAAGGCUGUUGACUGUAUACAAUCAAGUAAUGUUGCUGGAUCAAUUUUUGGUAAUGAAAACCUGUUACGUCCGGCCUUAAUUAAGUCUCUAAUUGGAGCUAUUAAACCACAAAAGACUGCAGAAAAUGGUAGAUAUUUUGAAGCCGAAAUGUUAUUUUUAACUGAAUUAUCCAUCGCAUUAAUAUUGUUCUGUAAAGAUGAAAAGAAAUCUGGUGUUUUUAUGUUAAACAAAUUGUUUGAAUUUUCCAAGACAAGUGGUAUUACAAAGAGAACAGUUAGAAGAUUAGUCACAUAUAAAUUGUUAUUAAUAUCUGUUAUUGAAGGCCAAGAAGAGAAAUUGAAUGUAUUAAUAAAUGAUGAAUUAUUGGGUAAAAAUGAAAUUUACACAAGAAAAUAUUUCACUACAGAACAAGGGCAAGAACUAUUAAGAAGAUUAUUGGAGUUGACAGAAAUUCCAAAUUACAGUUCAUACGUUCUAAAAAAUGAAGGUUUUUGGAAAGUGCUUAGAAUGGUUGCCGCCAUGGCAGAGAAUACUAGUUUAAUUUUCAACUUUUUGAAGGACAAGAUAAUAAAUUCUGAUGCUCAUAUGAAUAAUGAUAAUUUCAUGUUAGUAUUAGGCCUGCUGGAUGAAAUAUCCUCUAUUGGAGCCGUUGGAUCCAGGUGGGAACAAGAAUAUAGUCAAUCUACAAAAUCGGGUCAUAAAAUAAAUAAUGAUAAUCCAUAUCAAGCAGUUGUUGAGCUAUCUUUGAAGUCCAUUAACAUCACUGCACAUUUAGUUGAAAAACGUACGUUGACUCAUAACGAGGUGAUUGCAAUCGUUCAAGCGUUAGCCCAUCAAUGUAUCAAUCCAUGUGAACAAAUUCGUAAAUAUGCUCUAAGUUCAUUACAAGUUGCAUUGACUGAAAAUAUUGAAUUACCAAUUGGUGGUAUCACUACUGUUGAAGAAUUAUUAGAUAAUGGUUUAUUAACUUUAUUAAAAUCGACAACAGAUGGUGAUAAUAAUAAUAAAAAUGAAGACAAGAAUAUCUCACCCAACAUCCCUGUAAAACAGAUUCUGGAAGUAGUUUCAGCUGUUUACUUGUACUAUUUAAAAAAAGGAACAGUUACCAAUGAGACAUACAUGAAAGUAUUGAAUGUUUACAAUGAAUAUCUCGAGACAGAAGGGAUAGAAGCUCAAUUACAAAAAAUGAUUUUAGACAAGAAAAAUAUUGAGAAAGAUCUUGGAUUAGAUAGUAGAACUCAGUCACCAGUACCAUCAUCAAUUGAACCAUCGAGUGAAAAGUAA